AUGCGCUUACUCUAUGUCGCCCCGGACGGGCGUCCAACGCUGACCAAAGACUUGACCACGCCGCCUGGCCCCUACGCGAUCCUCUCUCAUACCUGGGCGGCAGACGAUGAGGAGAUCACGUUUGACGAUAUUGAGAAGAACACUGGCCAGAACAAGGCAGGAUAUACCAAGCUGAGAUUUUGUGUCAAUCAAGCAAAGAUUGAUAGCCUACAAUACUGCUGGAUUGAUACGUGCUGUAUCAACAAGGCUAAUCUCUCGGAGCUCGAUGAGGCCAUCCGAUCCAUGUAUCACUGGUAUCACAACGCAGCUAGAUGCUAUGUGUACCUGUCAGAUGUCCUUUUCCACAACAACGGCGAUACGAAUAGCAAGAAUCGCGAAUGGGAAUCGGCAUUUCGUACGAGCCGGUGGUUCAGAAGAGGCUGGACGCUUCAGGAACUACUCGCACCACGAUCAGUACAUUUCUUCUCUCGAGAGGGUCAAAAAUUGGGGACGAAAACAUCAUUCGAGCAAGGAAUUCAUGAGAUCACACAGAUUCCUGUAGCCGCGCUCCGAGGCACUCCAUUAUCCGAUUUCAGCGCUGAAGACCGGCUUCUAUGGGCAACAAAUCGCGAAACGAAGAAAGUAGAAGACAAGGCGUAUUGUCUACUCGGCAUAUUCAAUAUAUCUAUGUCUCUCAGGUAUGGAGAAGGAGAAGGUGCCCUCAAGAGACUGAAAACCAAAAUUUGUAAACAAGAGGACAAAGGAAUAAGUCUGCGGCCAGAGCGGUUUCACCGGCUUGUGACGAAACCUCAUUUGAGGAUCCUACGAGCUCUUCGGACAAGCAAUUAUGUGGGCGCCUUAGAGGAGAUUCCUCUACCCGCUCCAUGUACUCUCAAAUGGUUCUAUCAACACGAAGCCUUCGUGAAAUGGUCCGAAAACCCUAAUGGAGGCUGGCUGUGGUAUACGGCCGACCCCGGAAUUGGGAAAUCGGUGCUUUGUCGCCAAAUUGUGCACAAGUAUCAGGAUGUGCCAAACCUGUUGGUCACCUACUUCUUUUUUUUGGAGACUGAUCCAUUGCAAAGUACCAUCGAGUGUGCUCUGCAGGCCUUGAUCCAUCAGCUCUUGAUUGCCCGACCAGAUCUUCUGAAAUUUGUGGCCAAUUAUCGGGAUCAGCACGGGAACGCCGUCCUACGAGAGUUUAGUUCCCUUCGCUACAUUCUUGGGGAAUGCCUGGCUCAUCUGCAUGGAGCAAAAGUAUUAUGUGUCUUUGACGCUCUGGAGCAAUGUAGCAACUUGUACCUCUCACGUUUCAUGGACUGUAUGACUUCGCUUCUCAGCAUCUGCAACAAAACCGGUCAGAUUCUGCGGUUCUUCAUUUGUUGUCGACCCUAUCAAGACUACAUCCCGACCAUCAGUAGCCGUAGUGGCUUGCAGGCUUCCUACUGGAUUCAGGCAAAGGAAAAUAUUGACCACAUCUCCUGGGAUAUCGAAGCAUACAUCGACCAGCAUUUACGGAGCAUGGCCGACUGCCUGAGACUGUCGAAAGAUGACGUCACUCUCGUCAGUGCCAAUUUCAGAGCAAGACGGCACCGUAUCUUUCUGUGCGUAGCUCUGGCUCUUCGGAAACUCAUUGAAUCACCACCGUUGGUUGUGGCUGGUCACCUGGCUGCUUUCAACGAGAUCCCGGACGAUCUAGAAGAGUACUAUGCACGUGCUCUGAACCGUUGUCCGCGUGGUAAAGUAGCCAAAUGGGUUUUUGCGGCCAUCAUCUUUGCCCGAGAACCGUUGAGCAUCGCUGAGGCAGCACUCUUCCACGAAUCGCGUCCCUUACACGGGCCACUGAAUUCAGAGUUCGAGGCCAAGCUUGCCGAUCGAAUCCGUCACGAAUGCGGUCUCUUGGUCGAUGUCGUCGUCGGCGGCAGAGUCCAUCUCAUCCAUAACUCAUUGCAGAGCUUUCUCCUGAGACCCAAACGUGUGGUUGAUCACUUGAAAGGCCGAUCCUCGAAAGAAUGCUUACGAUGGAGACACUGUGUAAUCGAAAAGCAGGCGGAGGCUAUGCUGACGACAGCUUGUAUUGACUCGGGCCGAUCUGAACAAUGGGCCCUCUUCAGAUCCUAUGCUACCAAGCAUCAAGCAUCCCAUGUUCUUGCGGUACUACGGUGCGCCAAAGAGCAUUGUCGGAAUACAGAAGUCACGAAAAUGAUUGGCCUGGGCCUGGACAUAAAACAGCUGGACGACCGUGGUAAAAGUCUUCUCCAUCAUGCCCUCGACGAACGGGUACCCAGCGUUAAUACGAACUUGGUACUUUUAUUGUUACGCCAUGGAGGAUUAGUACAGAGUGCCGACUCUGAUGGUAUGACCUGUUUGCAUUAUGCAGCUUUUCGAAACAACACCCGACUGAUUCGAAUACUUCUAGAUGCAGGGUUCGCUAUCGAUGCAGAAGUGGACAGAGAGAAUAUAAAUGCGGCCAAAUACAACCCACCCGUAAUGGGUCAAGGUAGAAGGGGUCUCACACCUCUUCAUGCAGCUGUACAUUUCUGCUGCCAAGCAGCAACACAAGCCUUGCUCGAUGCAGGCGCAGAUCCAUUAGCGCGUGACGCGUUCGGCAACAGCCCUUUGCAUCUGGCAGUUUCUCAAACCCUUCCAGGCAGACAUAUCAACGAUACAUGGUCUAAUUUUAUGCAUAUGCCUGAGGAGAUAUGGGGAGAUCCGGAUGACGAGGCUGAGGUGGAGAGGGUACUUGAAGCGGCUCGAAAUAUGCGUCAAUCUGUUUUGGAGUGUUUGUGCGAAGUGCUAAAAACGUCAAACAAUGUCCGUGACGACGAGGGCAGAACGGCUCUCCAUCUAGUUCCCUAUGGACGCGACGAUCUUGUAACUGAAACCGUAUCAUACUUGCUGGGAAAAGGUCACGAAAGACUAGCGCAGGACGUCCGGGGAGUAUCGCCAGUCCAUCUUGCUGCAGAGGCAGGCGAUGUCUCGUCAAUGAAGAUAUUGGUGACACAAGCUGGAGACCUAGCACAGGGGGACGCCAAGGGGCGCAUUGCCUUGCAUUUUGCUGCACAAGCAAACCACUUGCCGACUGUCAAGUUCAUUCUCCAAUCCUCAGAACGUUUGGCGAUUGAAAAUUCAGCCGACAAUAUGGGCAUGAAUGCUCUGCAUCAUGCACUCGGGGGUGCACGCUUCGCAGAAAUAGGGGUUGUUCGAAUGCUUAUUGCAGCUGGUGUGGAUGCUACACGUAAGGACAGCGCAGGCAGAGACCCCCUCUGCGUAUAUCUGACCGGCCCCUUGUUGAUGCCUGGGGAGCCAGACAUAAUUCAAGCACUGAUACGUGCUGGCGGAGAUGUUAGGUACAUCAGUCAGAGUAGCGAUAACCUCGCUCAUUUGUUCGUCUCGUCAUGGACAGAGUUCGAACUGGAUGGUCUCCUACGCCUGGAAAGAGCCGGGGUGGAUGUUCGAGCAUGCAAUGCAAAAGAUCAGACUAUACUCCACCGUGCAGCUGUAUGUGGCUCAUUAAACACAACACUGCUGAGUCACUGCCUUGAGUGCCUGCAUAUGGAUGUCGAGCUUCAGGAUCAGUCGGGAAAACGCCCCUUCGAUUUAGUCAAUGAAGGUGCUGUCAAGAAAUACCCACCGAAUAUGUUCAUGCCUGAUCGGUGGAAACAUUCAGCAGCUGCUUUCGAGAGGUACAAGAAAGGAAUGGGCGAAACCUGCCAGUGCAAGUCAAUACUAGAAGAACGACAUGGGCUUCCAUAA